CUGCCCAAGCCGUUGACGUCUUUCGAAUUGGAGGCUAGCGCUCAGUCCGUGCGCGAGCUGGGUUCGUAGCUGCGGAGGUGAGCUGCGCCUCCCGCGGAGUCGUACCUGGGAGCUGUUUUGCGCGCAUGGAGCCGUUUUAGCGGUAGUGCGCUGACUUAGCUAGGGUCACCAGCCCCCGGCGCCUCCUGAGUGACGGGAAAACUACCCAGGCUGAUUCCCUCCUCCCCAGUGACCGGCUCUUUUCGUGGAUCAUGCGGGGCGGGAACGCGCUUAGUCGGCGUCUCGAGGGGGAUCCGAGAGCAGAGUGUACUUAGAAGGCUGCCUUCUUCCUGCUGUCAGAUCGCAGAGUUUCUUGUUUUGAGAAGAACUGAUAUUUCCCGAAGAACUCAUCUGUUGUUGCCCCUUUACAACUGUGUAGCUUGCACCCAGAAAGAGAAGCAAAAGGGUUACAUGAAACUAUCAGCCACCUUCAUUUAGUAGCUGUGUUUAUUUAAAAAACCCCAAAACUUCAUGCCCAGAAAACAGCAACGACUUCUAGAUGAUGAUACCAAUCCCUGUUUAUUGGAAACAGAUGCUUCUAGAAAGUGUAUGGAUGACAAUAAGUACAAUAGAGAUAUGUGUACUGUCCAUUUUUUAAGAUACAGAAACUGCAGAAAAUUUUGGAACAGUAUCGUGAUACAGAGAAGACAGGAUGGAAUAGAACCAGCUAUGCCUACAGCAAAAGAAAGAAAAAACGUCCUGGAAUCAAUGGAAAGACUACCCUAUUAAUAGAGCAGUGUUACUGGUUUAAGAUGUAUGGAGGCUUUACUGUAAAUAAGGUGUUUUGGAAAGAAUGUUGAAAACUGCCAUUAUAGAGCGACAAGCUGUUGUCUUGUUAAAUUCUCCUAUGUACCAUUCUUCUGAACUACAAUGGCCCCGGUCACACGGCAAAGUUGCCGCGGGAAAGGCACGGAAGGUGGGUGGAUUAUCC